AUGCUUCGUUCAUUGAUACCACUAAUAUUUAAUGGAAUAGAGGAAGAAGAAAUGGAGGAACUUAUUAAAAAAUGGUCAAACGAUUAUGACAAAUGGUUCAUAUUUCAGGAUAUUGAUGGAUGUUCACAUCAGAAUGUUAUUUUUCACUCGCAUUAUUUAACGGAUGAACAUGCACAACAGAUCAAAGAUGCACGAGUAUCGGUGACAGUACAAAUAGCCAUGCAAGAUAAACUUAUACCACCUAAAAAACAACAAGAAUUAGCUGAUUUACUCAAUGCAAAAACAGUGGUCAUGGAUCAUUCUGGUCAUAUGUUCAAUAGACAAAGUCGAUUAAAAUUUUCCGAAAGUGUUCUUCAACAUAUUCAAAAUGCAACUUCUUGA